AUGUCCGCGCGCGCGUCGUCCCGGCCGUCGUCCCGGGCGCUCGCGCGCGCGGUGUCGUCGACGCGGCGCGGACGUCGACGCGGAUGUGUGCUCGAGGCGGUGGCGCGAGAGACGCGAGACGACGAAGAGCGCGCGACGUUCGGGUCGCGCGAGGCGGAUAAGGUGCUGGAGACGCGCACGGCGGAGAACGGAGGGGUGACGCGCGCGGUGGUGUUCUCGACCACAGCGGCGGUGGACGUGGGAGCGGUGGAACGGCUGAGCGAGGCGGUGGGGUGGCCCGAGCGCCCGCGCGCGAAGAUACGACGGGCGCUGGAGAACUCAUUCAUGGUGGCGACGCUGUACGAGUGCGACGUGGACGCACAGUCGGGAAAGGUGCAGGAGACGUCGAGGGGUAAGCUCAUCGCGUGCGCCAGGGCGACGAGCGAUCACGUGUUCAACGCGACGCUGUGGGACAUCAUCGUGGACCCGGAGUAUCAAGGGAGGGGGUACGGGAAGGCUUUGGUGCAACAGAUGAUUCGAGCGUUGCUCAGUCGGGACGUGGCGAACGUUACUUUGUUCGCCGAUGAAGACGUGGUUCCGUUUUAUCGCGCGUUGGGGUUCGUGAGCGACUUGGACGGUAUCAAAGGUAUGUUUCUCACGAGCGAGUGA